AUGAAUAUGACUGGUCUGAUGGUCGAUACCGGGGCAACCUCACAUAUCGUCAUGGAUAUAACAAAGUUUAAGACGUUCGACGAUAGUUUCCAAGCCGAGACGCACCGUGUAGAGCUGGCCGAUGGCACGAGGUGGCAUGGAGUCGCGGAGCACAGAGGAAAAGAGUCAAUUGAGAUCAACACAGAAAUGCAGGAGUUCAAUGAGUAUGAGGGAGGAAAGGAAGUGAAUGCCAUGGCCUGUGACUUUCAGUUAUUCCAUUAUUUGAGUGACUGGGGAGUCGAAUACAAACCAAAGAUGAUCUGCGCAUUUGAUGGGUCAACUGUGAGGAUUAACUGCACAUACAAACAUCCAGCAGAUGUUACUGUUAACAAGAAAAUGUGGCUGUUUGGUCCUAAGGAAAAUGAGACAUCUAACAAUCAAGUAAUAGCAGAGUAUCUUAAAAAUGGGCAGGGAGUACCCGACAGUCACAGUCACCGAGUUCAGUUCUUGGGGAACAAAAACACAAAGAAAUGUGACAUAAAGAUCAGCAAUGUGAGCCGAGAGGACAGCGAAUACUACAAGUUUAGAUUUGAGGGAACAAAAAUAUGGACACAAAUACCAGGACUCCACGUGACAGUCACAGAUGCCCCCAUGAAUACAGAAAUCACAGGACAUCCCACCAAUUGCAUAGUGAAAGGGACAUCAGUGACUUUAAACUGCAGAGCCUCUGCAAACCCACCCAGCAGCUACACCUGGGUCAAGGAGAACAGCGGCCAUGUUGGAUCAGGAGAACAACUAAACAUCAGAAAUUUCAACGAGAGUCACACCGGGUCUUAUCACUGUGAAGCCACCAACAUCCUUGGGAAGGCAAAGUCAUCAGCUGUCACUCUGACUGUUUAUGAUCUGAGUGAAUGGGGAGCCACUUAUGAGCCGAUGACGAUCUGCGCACUUGAGGGAUCAACUGUGACGAUCAGCUGUAAAUACAAACAUCCAGCAUGUGUUACUAUUGAAAAUGAAAUAUGGCUGUGUGGCCCAAAACAAAAUGAGACAGUUAACGGUGAAGAAAUAACUGUGUAUCAUACAAAAGAGAGCAACGUGAACAGACGUCACAGACAGCGAGUUCAGUUCUUAGGGAACAAAAACACAAAGACGUGUGACAUGAAGAUCAGCAACCUGAGCAGGGAGGACAGCGGAUACUACAAGUUUAGAUUUGAGGGGACACAAAUAUGGACACAAAUACCAGGAGUCCACGUGACAGUCACAGGUCUGAUAGUUGAAGCAACAAUGGAGGAGAUCAAAGAAAGAGACCCGGUGACCCUGAGGUGCCGAACGACUUGCAGUCUCGAAAACAGCACCAUCUCCUGGUUCAGAAAUGGCCAACAGUUAAAUGGAACCUCAGAGACGCUUGAAAUCCAGAGAGACGACCUGAGUAGUUACUCCUGCCGGACCGGAAACAUCAGGUCCCCCGAAUUCAACCUGAGCACCCUGAAUGGCAUGGCCGUCAGUCUGGUGUGGUCCGCUGUGCUGGGUGUUCUUGUCCUCACUGGGCUGGCGGUUGCAGUUUUCAUCUUUCUAAGGAGAAGAGCCUCGAAGACAAAUCAGCAACAUGGAAAACUCAAAGGACGCAGAAAGGAUGGCAGUCUGGAGAGUAAUGAAAAUUGCACUUACGCAUCUCUGGAUCGAGCGACAGUUUCACCAGAAUAUGAAACAAUUGUGCGGAAAUAAAUGAAAAGAGAAUUUGAUGAGAACA